CCCCCCACCUCACCCCAGACAAGUUGGCAUUUGCUCUGCCUGUGUCCUCCAGUCAGGCUGUGCCUGGGAGCUGUCCCCUCCCCCAGUGCUGAACGAGCUGCAUGUGACAGACUCAUCAUUUGUUAGAGGAGCCCAGCGGAGAGCAGGAUUAGAGGAUUUACUCCGGAGUUAGAGAGCAUGUGGCUUUGUCAGUGGCUGCCUCAUCUGCACACUGUGUCGGCCUGUGUGUGACAUUGUGUCAGGGGAACAAUAGCCUCGUCCAGCUGCUCCCGGAGCCAAGAGGGGACCCCCAGCUGCUGCCCAAUGAGGGUCUGCUCUCACCGACCCAUGCACAAAAGGGAGAAAAGUUUUGGUAUACAAAUGCUUUCAGUUCAGCCAGACACCAAACCGAAAGGUUGUGCUGGCUGCAACCGUAAGAUCAAGGACCGCUACCUGCUAAAGGCCCUGGACAAGUACUGGCAUGAAGACUGUCUGAAGUGCGCAUGUUGCGACUGUCGUCUCGGAGAGGUCGGAUCCACCUUAUACACCAAGGCCAAUCUCAUCUUGUGCCGGAGGGAUUAUCUGAGGUUAUUUGGGGUAACGGGAAAUUGUGCAGCGUGCAGCAAACUAAUUCCAGCCUUCGAGAUGGUGAUGCGGGCGAAGGACAAUGUCUACCAUCUGGACUGCUUUGCCUGUCAGCUGUGUAAUCAGAGGUUUUGUGUCGGGGACAAAUUUUUUCUAAAGAACAACAUGAUCCUGUGCCAGACGGACUACGAGGAGGGGCUGCUGAAGGAGGGCUACGUGGCGCAGGUGCGCUGAGGAUGGCGGGGGCCCCGAUUGGACGCUGGGCGCGCCCCGCCCACCACCCUGUACAGACUUUCUGUUUGCGGUUUUCUUUCGCUUACGCCCGUUGUGUGGUCGGCAUGAGACGAUGUGUACAUAGCGCACCUGACACAAAUGGGAUACAGUUUUAUUGUGUUACCGUUUGUGCCGUCAUUGCUUUCUUUGUAUCGUUGCUGUUGGUACAAUCCGUGUUGAUGAUGUAUAUUCCGCCUGACAGAUUUUUCAGCGAUUUUACAGAGCUGGAACUUUCUAGAACAAAGAAUUAAAGAGCACAACAUGUUGGUUAUA